UCGACACUUUCGAACAAGGCAAAAGGCAGGCAAAUUGGGAUUACAAAUUUCAUUGCUGCAAAAAUAUUGCUCUGACGUGGAAUAUUUAACAAUUAUUGAAUUACCUUCUAAAGGCCACGGAAGAACGCUUCUUAAGUUCAUCAAAUAUCCUUUGAAAAGGAACAAGUCUGAAACGAGAAGUGACAACAUCGACAGAAGACGUGUAGUUUUUGGCCACGACGGUGUAAAGUGAAAAACUGGUGAAAGUGUUUGGUUUUCUGUAAUUUUAUGUUGGACAUAAAACAACACUGAAAUCGAAUUUUAUCAAGAAAUGAAUCCUUCCGCAUAUGGGCAGCAGUAUCCGCCCCAAGGAUGGCCGCAGCAACAACAGCAGCAGCAACCACCAGUUAGUGGACCACCCUCUUCAAUGGCUCCACCACAAUCUCAAGCAAUGCUCAAUGGAAACUAUCAACAGCAGUUGAUUAACUCGGUCAGUGGAAUGUCGAUGAACCCAACGAAGUCAAGUGGUAUGCCCCCACCACCAAUGGGUAAUGGACCGUCUGGCAAUGAUGCUGCAGUAGGUGCAAACAACAACAACAUGAUGCCCAAUAACAAUUCAAUUGGAUUGAUGGGCUACCCAAAUGGGCCAAACCCACCAGUAUCGCAAUCUGUUGGAGGAAUGCCACCCAUGAAACAUGGCUUCCCACAAACUUCACAGGCUGGUGGACAACAUCAACCAGGAAUGCCACCUUCUUUGGUACAGCAGCAGCAGCAGCAACAAAAUCAUCAACAACAGCAACCGAACCAAGGGAUGCCACCCCCGUUAGGGUCAAACAAUACUCCCCCACAAAUGGAUGCAUCAAAACCAUCUGAAAACUUGUUUCCUCCGACAAGCCAACCCAACCAGCAGGGACAAGCUCAGAUGACAGUGAAAAGUGCUGAUUUACAGGGAAUGCCACACAUGCCCCCACCAAAAACUCAAUCACCAUUUAUGCCACAACAGGCAAAUGAAACACCAAAACCACAAGAAACUCAACAAGCACCUCAAUCCGCUUCUCCAUUCCCUCCACAGUCGCAACAACAACCACAAAUGCAGCAAAAGUAUCCAACUCCAUCAAUGACUCCAACAUCGCAACAAAGUUCAAUGUAUCCACCACAACAAAAUCAAAUGCAACAACCACCACAGCAACAACAACAACAACAGCACCAACAACAACAGCAGCAGCCUAUGCAAUUCGGACCUCCAAGACCAGGGCAACAAAUGCCCCAACAACAACCCGGCCAACAAAUGCAGAUUCCUGGUCAACCACCAAGACCUGGUCAACAAAUGCCACCACAACCUGGACAACUACAGAUGCCUGGUCAACCUCCAAUGCCAGGACAGCUUCAAAUGCCUGGCCAGCCUCCAAUGCCUGGUCAGCCUCCAAUGCCUGGUCAGCCUCAAAUGUAUGGUCAACCACCAAUGCCUGGGCAACCUCCAAUGCCUGGUCAGCCACCAAUGCCUGGUCAGUCUCAAAUGCCUGGUCAGCCUCCAAUGCCUGGUCAACCUCCAAUGCUUGGUCAGUCACAAAUGCCUGGCCAACCGCCAAGGCCUGGUCAACCUCCAAUGCCUGGUCAACCUGGACAAAUGCAGAUGCCUCCGCGGCCAGGCCAGCAAAUGCCCUUACAACCUGGGCAAAUGCCGAUGCCGCCACAACCGGGAUCUUUACCACCUCAACCUGGACAAAUGCAAAUGCCCGGACAAAUGCCACCACAACCCGGUCAGAUGCGUAUGCCCCCAAUGCCGGGACAAAUGCCUCCGCAACCUGGUCAAAUGCCUCCACAGCCCGGUCAAAUGCCCCCGCAAUCAGGACAGAUGCCCCCAUUACCAGGACAAAUGCCCUUCCAACAGGGUAGUGGUCCAAUGCAAUAUCAAACUGGUCCAAUGCCUCCGCAGGCUGGACAAAUGCGUGGAGGUGGUUACCCCUCUCAGCCAGGACAAAUGGCAAUGCAGCCUGGUCAACAAAUGCCUGGAAUGGGUUAUAACCAACCUCCCGGCAUGUACAAUCAACAAUAUCAACAACAGCAAGCUGCAACGCGUCGUCUAGAUCCCGAUCAGAUGCCAAAUCCAAUUGAAGUUAUGAUUGAAAAUCAAAGAAACGCCGGUGGUCCAUUUGUGACAAAUCAAGCCGGUUUGCUGCCGCCUUUGGUCACCACAAAAUUCGUUGUCCAAGAUCAAGGAAACUCAAGUCCCCGUUUUGUUAGAUCAUCUUUAUAUUGCGUUCCAUCAACAUCAGAUUUGCUCAAAACAACUGCUCUACCCUUCUCGCUGGUUGUUUCACCAUACGCCAAGACUGUCGAAGGUGAAUAUGAUGCACCUAUUGUCGAUUUUGGUGAACUUGGACCAAUUCGUUGCAAUCGUUGCAAGGCUUACAUGUCGCCCAAUAUGCAAUUUAUCGAUGCUGGUCGUCGCUUCCAAUGUUUGAUGUGUAAGGUGUCCACAGAAGUUCCUACGGAAUACUUCCAACAUCUUGAUCACACUGGUCAACGUGUGGAUAAAUACGAAAGACCCGAGUUAGUCCUCGGAACAUACGAAUUCGUGGCAACCAAGGAUUAUUGUCGUAACAACGUUCCUCCAGAAAUCCCAGCUUAUGUAUUUAUCAUUGACGUUUCAUACAAUAACAUCAAAUCCGGAUUAGUUCAUUUGCUGUGUCAGGAAAUAAAGCGAAUCAUUAAGAAUUUCCCGAUUGACCAAGGUCAGGAGAAAUCAAAAAUGCGUGUUGGUUUCAUCACUUACAACAGCACUGUCCACUUCUAUAACAUCAAGAGCAGCUUAGCUCAACCCCAAAUGAUGGUUGUUGGCGAUAUCAACGAUAUGUUCAUGCCAUUGCUCGAUGGUUUCCUCGUCGAUCCAGAAGAAUCUGAACCCGUUAUUGAUGCAUUGAUGGAACAAAUUCCAAAAAUGUUUGUCGAUACAAAAGAAACUGAAACUAUUCUUUUACCAGCCAUUCAAGCUGGUCUGGAGGCAUUGAAGGCUUCAAAUUGUGCUGGUAAAUUACUUGUAUUCAAUUCUUCCCUGCCGAUUUGUGAGGCGCCGGGUAAACUUCGUAAUCGUGACGAUCGUAAACUUUUGGGCACUGAGAAGGAGAAGACUAUAUUGACUCCUCAGACAACAGCAUACAACACGUUGGGUCAGGAUUGUGUACAAGCCGGUUGCUCAGUUGAUAUGUUCAUUUUCAAUAAUUCCUACGUGGAUAUUGCUACGAUUGGACAAGUUUCAAGAUUGACCGGAGGAGAAGUCUACAAAUACACUUACUUCCAGGCUGAACUUGAUGGACAUCGCCUUGUGGAAGAUAUCAUUAAGAAUGUUUCCCGACCAAUUGCUUUCGACGCAGUUAUGCGAGUAAGAACGUCAGCUGGUAUUCGGGCCACAGAUUUCUAUGGCCACUAUUUCAUGUCCAAUACAACCGAUGUCGAAUUGGCUAGUAUCGAUUCCAACAAAGCUAUUGCAAUUGAAAUUAAACAUGACGAUAAACUGGCACCAGAGGAGAAUGUAUACCUGCAGAUUGCUCUGUUAUACACAUCAAGUGGCGGACAGCGUCGUUUGCGAGUCUUAAAUUUAGCCCUUCGAGUAACAACAACGAUAGCUGAUGUCUUCAAGAGUUGUGAUUUGGAUGCAAUCAUGUUAUUCUUCGCCAAACAAUCCAUGUUCAAACUAAUGGAACUGACUCCCAAGGUGGUCAAGGACAACCUCAUACAUCGAUCGGCACAGACUUUGGCCUGUUAUCGGAAACAUUGCACGUCCCCAACAUCGGCGGGACAAUUGAUUCUACCAGAGUGUCUUAAGCUCCUGCCGUUAUAUGUUUCGUGUUUGAUUAAAAAUGAUGCCAUUUCUGGAGGCUCAGAUAUGACAAUUGACGAUCGAUCUUAUGUCAUUCAAUUUGUUCUAUCAAUGGACUUAAAUAUGUCUGUUACAUUCUUCUAUCCAAGAUUCAUUCCAAUUCAUAAUGUUGAACCCGAUGAGAGUGACUUACCCUCACCGAUGCGUGUAACUCAUGAGAAGAUGUCCGAAGAGGGAGCAUAUAUCUUAGAGAAUGGAGUUUAUUUGUUCUUCUGGCUGGGCCAAGCCCUUCCGCAAACAUUCAUUCAGCCACUAUUCAAUGUUCAAUGCACACAACAAGUGAAUUCGGAACGGUUUGCCAUUGUUGGUGAUACUCCAUUGGCUAAACGAGUGCGUCAAAUUAUCGACACUAUUAUGCAAGAAAGGACACGCUACAUGAGGGUAACUUGCGUGCGACAAAACGAUAAACUAGAAAGCGUAUUCCGACAUUUUCUCAUCGAAGAUCGUGGCACAGAUGGCUCUGCUAGCUAUGUUGAUUUCUUAUGUCACAUGCAUAAAGAAAUCAAAGAUCUACUCAGUUAGCCUUGUUCGUCUAGGAAUAGUUUAAGCCAGCGUCGUUUGAGUUCCCAAGUUGCUACGCCUGCGAUGUGUCGAAGUUUCUCACAGAACAGGGCCAGGCAACAGCGUUAUCGCAAAGGAUAUGGUAGAUUGUUUUAGGUUGAUAUUCAAAUUUAUUAUUAAAUCAAACAAAAUCAGUUAAAAAUAUAUAAAAAAAGAAAAAAAUCGUCAGAGCGAAACAAAAUUACACCUACGCCCGAACUUUGUUUGUAAGUGUCGAAACGAAAUUAAAACAAAAAAUAAAUAAAAAUCUAUGUAAUCAUUUAAUUCAAAGAAGAAGAAUAAUUAUGCAUAAAUAAAUUUAAUUAUUACAAUAAA